CCGAGAGCCUGAUUUAUUCCCGUGCGAGAGGCGCGGACACAGGAAUCCGCAGGUCUCAGCUUCAGUGCGCGCGUUCUUUCCCGUGCCCCGCAGCAUGCAGCUCUCCCGAGCGCUGGCCGCGCUGUGCGGCGUGUUACUUUGUGCCUCCGGCCUCUUCGCCGCGUCCGGUGACUUCUGUGACUCCAGCCUGUGCCUGAAUGGUGGGACCUGUUUGCUGGGGCAAGACGAUGACUUCUACUGCCUCUGUCCCGAGGGCUUCACAGGCCUUGUGUGCAAUGAGACUGAGAAAGGACCCUGCUUCCCAAACCCUUGCUACAAUGAUGCAAAAUGCCAAGUGAUUGAGGACACACAUCGAGGAGACAUCUUCACUCAGUAUAUCUGCCUGUGCUCUCUGGGCUACUCAGGCACCCACUGUGAGAUCAGCAUCUCCUAUUCUGAAGCCACACCUGAACAAGCCAUAGCUGGGGUGUUGAAGAGGAAGUUACCCUGGUCUUCGAUUCUACCAGUGAAUGAUACCAUCUACUACAACCUGGAAGAAGACUACCUGUCCACCACAGCUGUCCCCAACCCGGUCCCCAACCCUGGUCUUUCCAACAGACUAGCCUCCAGUUGUACCACAAAGCUGGGCAUGGAAGGGGGCGCCAUUGCUAACUCACAGAUUUCUGCCUCAUCCGUGCAUGUGGGUUUCCUGGGCAUUCAGCGCUGGGGCCCGGAGUUGGCUCGUCUGCACCGCUCGGGGCUGGUCAAUGCAUGGACAGCCAGUGACUAUGACAGCAAGCCCUGGAUCCAGGUGAACCUUCUGCGGAAGAUGCGGGUGUCUGGCGUGAUCACGCAGGGUGCCAGCCGUGCAGGGAAGGCAGAGUAUCUACAGACCUUCAAGGUGGCUUACAGCCUCGAUGGUCGCAAGUUCCAGUUUAUCCAGAAUGCAAGUGGAUCUGGAGACAAGGAGUUUUUGGGGAACGUGGACAACAAUGGCCUGAAGGUUAACAUGUUCAGUCCCUCUCUGGAGGCACAGUACAUCAGACUGUACCCUGGUUCGUGCUACCGAGCCUGCACCCUUCGCUUCGAGCUCCUGGGCUGUGAGUUGAAUGGAUGUUCUGAGCCCCUGGGCCUGAAGAAUAACUCUAUUCCCGACAGCAAGAUCACAGCUUCCAGCAGCUACAAGACUUGGAACCUGCGUGCCUUUGGCUGGUACCCCCACUAUGGGAGGCUCGACAUGCAGGGCAAGAUCAAUGCCUGGACUGCCCAGACUAACAGCAACAAGGAGUGGCUGCAGGUUGACCUGGGCACUCCGAGGCAAGUGACAGGAAUCAUCACCCAGGGGGCCCGUGACUUUGGCCAGGUCCAGUAUGUGGCAUCCUACAAGGUGUCCCACAGCAAUGACGGUGUGCAGUGGACCAUAUAUAAGGAACAAGGAACAGACAAGGUCUUCCAAGGCAACUCGGACAACAACUCACACAAGAAGAACAUUUUUGAGACGCCCUUCAUGGCUCGCUACGUGCGUGUCCUUCCUGUGUCCUGGCAUAAACGCAUCACUCUGCGUCUGGAGCUGCUAGGCUGUUAGUCCUCAGUCCUUCCAGCCCAAAGGACCUGAAGGGCCAGAGGCUGAGGCCUCCCUGCCCCCCCUGCCUCCCGGGCCUGCUGCCUCUGUGGCUGGCUGCCUUCUCAGCCCUUCCUCUUGAUUGGACUGAGGCUGGAGGCAGGAGGGGAGAUAGGGUACCAGACUUGCCCUUCACCUUUUCCUCGCCCUGCAGCCUCCACAGGCCUCCUGCUGAGCCCCUUUUCUCAGGCAUUCUGGGGAGUUGGAUGGGUCUGAGAUGAAUGGGGAAGAAAACUAAAGUCCGGGUAUGUGGACUUUACCUUUUCUCUACCAAUUGCCCCAAGUCCUAACCUCCCUGCCAGGGGUUGACUCAAGACUAAAGGGACCUCUGGUUUCCUGUCCCUCUCUGCACACCACACAUUCUUCCGUGUUCCAUUCCAGGCCUCCAGGAGGCCCAUGCCUGCUUGCUACCCUUUGGGUCACCUUAUCUCUUAUCUCCUGAGACCCCUCUUGACUCUUGCUCUGGAGCCCCAGAUGACAAGGGUACUGUUGGGACUGGAGAGGCAGGCAGGCUCUGGCUGGUUGGCUAGCUGGCUGUGGGGCCUCUGCUGGCUUGCUACUCGAGGCAGACUCCAAAAUACACUGUGUUCCUCACCAGAA